GCAUGCUGGGCUCAACGCCGCUGCGGGCCCCGCCGCGCGCGACCCGCAUCCGACUCGGGCCGCGCACCCGCACGGCCUCCCUGCCGACCUGGCAGCAGGCGGACGGAGGCGGAGGAGAAGCAGCGACGGCUGGCCCCUCCGGAGCCCGCGCCGUCACAGAAGUGGCCCGCGGCGAUCUCCCAGCUCCUGGCGGCGCAUGCUGCCCGCAGCCUCGCGGCAUGCCGCUCCGGCGCGGGGAGCGCCGAGCGCCGCCGAGGGACCGCUCUGGGCCGCCGCCGUGGAGCUCGGCUCGAGGGCGGCGCCGCCCCAGCGGGCGCCCGCGGCUGCGACGCCCACUCGAAGGCUUCCGCGGCCGCGCGGGCGCGCGGGACGCGGCGGCGGGACCUCGCCUGGCGCGCCGGCCGUCCACGGCGAGGAGGGGCAGCAGAGGAGAGGCCACGAAGGCGCAGCGGCGGCUGCAGGGCCAGGAGGAAUGCUCAAAAGUAGUCUAGAAGUAGUCUUGGGACGAUUUUUCGACAAUGUUCCACUAUUUUUGUGAACAUGUCUGGGUUCUUUUUAUUCAAUCGCUUCGCUCAUUCCGCCGGCCCAUGUUGCAUGAUCGCUACUGCUUCGCCGUGGGCCCAGGGCCAUUGUGGCGCCGCCG